AUGCUGCCCCUGGCUAUCUCCUUUUUAUUUACUGUUUGUAUAGGAUCUAUUGUCCUUGGCGGUACUGCAGCCGAGCAAUCAUUUCCUCCUGGAACCAGUGACCAUAUUUCCCUGCGCGGUUAUACCACCGAUGCCCUACAAGAAGACGAUAUUGAACCUGAAACGGAAAAUCGUCUGCAAACAUUCCUGAAGAGAAGGAAGCGAUACGUAGUCCGUAAGAAACGAUGGCGCAGCAAUCUCCUUACAUGGCGACUCGACAAGGCUAAUGUAAAGGAUGAAGAUGAGUAUGUUAUUAGAACUACGCUUCAUCGGGCGUUCCAAGAGUGGAGCUCCGUGGCUAAUGUUCGGUUUGAUGAGGUUAACGAUGGCCCAGCAGACAUCGUUGUCGGUUUUGAGCGAGGGAAACAUAACGAUGCUUUUCCCUUCGAUGGCAAGGAUGGCAUCGUUGCACAUGCUUUCUACCCCCGUGAUGGUCGAUUACACUUCGAUGCUGACGAAGAUUGGAGUUUGAAUUCUCCAACUGGAGUGAAUCUGUACCAGACCGCUGUUCACGAGAUUGGCCACAUACUUGGUUUGGAGCACUCUGUGGAUCCGCAAGCAGUAAUGUUCUCAGCGCGGAGACCGUAUGAUCCGGACUUCGCUUUGGGAGACGAUGAUGUGCGCGCUGUUCGUGCACUUUUUCCAUUUGACGACGACUUGGAGGAAAGAGAGCAGAAGAAGAAGUAUUACUACGAAAAGGAGUCCAGCGGCGAUCGCGAUCCGACCUUAUCACAAGUCGUUGAGAAUUUGGAGCUGGAGCCGCUUGAAAAAGAGCGAAAGAUUCGCGAUGACGAGCUUACAUUCCCUUUCCCUUUGCCAUUCUUCCAACCGCGAUAA